AUGAUAUCGCAGAUGCGCGGUAUUAUCCCACUUUCCCUAUCGGCAAAGAUCAACGUAGAAAUAAAAAACGAGGAUUUAUCGUAUACUUUCUUUGAUGAUAACGUUAUAUUACACCCUCGAAAAGGCAGAAAGAAACUAGUAAAGAAAAUUAAAAAGGAUCCCACGUGGAAUUUAGAGGAAGGUACAACAACGAAAAAAGUGAGAAAAUCUACCAGGGAACCUAAGCUCAGAAUUAAGAGGGAGAAAAAGGAAGUAUCUCAGAAACUAACCCGGAAUCAGAAAGCCAACAUGUGGACGUGCAAGUUCUGUUUGGAUACGUUCGGUUCUCGAAAAGAUAUGUUCAAACAUAGAAAAGAACAUAUUGCAGAUGCCAAGGGAAGCAACGGGGAAGUAAACAAAUACACUUAUGAUUUAGAACACGAAAUAUAUAUUUGUAACAACUGUUCAGCCGAAUGUCAGGAUCUGGAAGAAAUCGAAAAACACGUAGAAACGCACGAGGAAAAAUUCAACUGCUACGUGUGCAAGGAAGACUUAUUCGGUCCAAUAAACUACUCAGUCCACGUGCAAAAGCAUCGGGACGACAAGCUUUAUCCCUGUCCCUGGUGCCAGUACGUGUCCCAGAAAAAGGAAGCUAUGCACGUCCACAUCAACCACUUGCAUCUACAGCUUUAUGACUUCCAAUGCACGAAAUGCGGCAAGUGUUUCAAUGACGCCCUCAGCUUCAAAGAGCACGAGAACGUUCAUUUGAACAUUAAACCUUUCGGGUGCGUCGUUUGCAGUAAACAUUUUUACUACUCCAGAUAUUUGUUUUCCCAUCAAACCCGAACGCAUACGGUCAGAGUGUACGAUCCAGAAUCAAAAACACAAUGUAACGUUUGCCAGAAAAUUUUCGCUCGGCUGGAUACAUUAGAAAAACAUUAUUCUUCCAAACAUUUGAAUGUUCGGACUGGUCCUUACGAAAAGAAACAUCUUUGCGAUGUUUGCGGACAGGGAUUCUCCAGACCCGAUAAAUUAAAAAUCCAUUAUAGAAAGCAUACCGGGGAAAAGCCUUACUCUUGCGUUUAUUGUAGUAAAAGUUUUAUAAAACGAGAUUAUUUGAUUAUGCACGAGCGGAUUCAUUCGGGCGAGAAACCUUACAGUUGUGAAAUAUGUGGAAAAUGUUUCAAUCAAGGUGCUCCGUUGAGAAUACAUAUCAGAAGUCAUACAGGGGAAAGACCUUAUAUAUGUCCGUACUGUGGGAGUGGGUGUGUAUCUCGUGGAGCUCUUAAUAGUCACAUUAAAAGUUGUGUCAAUACAACACAAACAUAGAUUUAGCAUCUCUGGGUUUAAUUUCUGGAAUCAAAAUGGGUUGAUGUUUGCUAAUCAUCACUGUGCUAAGUAAACUUUUUUUUUACAAAACACAAAAUUUCUUUUCAAUAAUAAAAUAAAUCUAAUUUAUUUAUCGUCUUAAAUUGUGAGUAGUGGAGAGGUCAUCUCCACUACUCACGAAAUAAGUCGAAGUGUUUAUUUUGAUUUUAAGGUUCCAGAUGUAUUUUACGUAAUAGUUAAAGAGGUACAAAGAAUGAAGAAAUAUACAAGGUGAUAUGCGAUAUUUCGAAGCUCUUUUCGUUUACCUUGAUAAUUUAAUUAUAUACCUAUUAUAGUUCUGUUGUAAGUACUCAUUUUGAAAUUAGUUUUUGGAUAGAAGUUAGUUAGUCAUUCCAGUUUUAAGUGUGAAAAUAAAUAUAGAGCGUUAUAUAUUUUCGAGUAGCCCAAAGCAAGGCAGAUCAUAUGAUUUAUAAAUGUACAGGGUGUUCUAUUUAAUCAUCUUCAAAAAUACUCUUUUCGUAAACUAACAAACUACGCUACUAAAUUCUACGUAAAAGAUCUACAAUAAACAGUUUUCACCUUCUCAAUACCUUUCGCAGUAAAGGAGAUACGGGGAUAUCCCAAAUUGCAAAAUUUUCAAAAAAACUUAGAGCAAAAGAGCAGUGUAGUUCAGAUAAAAAGAGGGCUAUGAAAAUUGAGUGUACUGCGUCUGUCAGUUGACAAAAAAGUGGGACAGGUUUGUGCAAACAGCAUUCUUCGAUCUUCACUAAUAACGGAGAUACAGUAUGAUUUCAAA